CCAGAGAGCACGUGAACGCAGCAGUCACUUCGUGCAGUGCAGGAGAUGAUUGCAGUCGCAGCUCGCUUCACUGUGCAACCGCAGCGGAACAGAUAAAUGUGUAGAAAGAGGGAAGCUGAAUCUCUCUAGACAUAGUGACUGGUCAUGGCCAGUCGGUGGCGAGGCGGUCCUCGCAGCCGUUCAGAAGCCCCCGCCUGUGGCCUAAAAACGGCGCAAAUGCCCCGCCAACAACAACAACCGUCCGGAGAGACAGAGGACGCGGCGGAGUCACUGCGGGAGCUGCCGCGGUGGAUGCGGCUUUACUUCUACGGCAUGCACGGCGUAACUCUGGAUGUCCUGCUCUCAUCAUUACAUGGGGUUUUAAAUCAUCCGGACCCCAAACUGGUGGGCUUUUCCUCUCCGUAUCUUUGCAUUAUGCAUUCACUGACCCACUUUGCACUGGAGAAGAUCUACUCACAGAAGAGGUGUUUCCGAGGGCGGCCUGUGGUGUUUCAUCUUGUUUUCUACCCGUCUGUGUAUAUCGGGCUGCAGAUCCUGAUGGGGAACAUCAACAUUUUGACCGAGCAGGUGAGGAUGGUGUCUGGCACGCAGCUAGUUGUACACUACAUCCUGGCUCUCUAUUUUGCCCAGGUGUUUCACAGAGGGCUGUCAAGGCUGCAGUAUCAUCCCCCCUGCAACCCUGCACCCCCCUGCAAACCCGGCCCGGAGAACGGCGGUCAUGAUCGGGGGCCUCUCCACGUUCUUCCUGGCUAUGUGCGUUUCUUGUUCUUUGGGAUGCAGGGCUUUCUGGACGAGGUCAUUUUCACCUCCAUUUUCAACCUUGUGGAGAAGUCUGACCGGACCCUCAGCGGCCACACGUCGCUGUGGUCUUUCCUGAUGUACGGCAGCUGCAGCUUUGUGGUAGAAAAGCUGUACUUUUACCUGCACUUCAGCAGAGGCUGGGGGACGUGGCGGCGGCUCCCCAUCUACAUCUGCUUCAUCUACACCUGGGAGUUCACCUGGGGUCUAGUCCUGAGGCAGUUUGGUGCCUGCUCCUGGGACUACUCCCAUUAUCCUCACAACUUCAUGGGACUCAUCACGCUCCUCUACUUGCCUGGCUGGGUCUGCCUCAGUCUGUACCAGGACUUACUGUCUAAUGUGCUGCUGAGAAUUAAAUGCAGCAAAGACGUAAAUGGUUUGUGGGGGGAGAAUGGUGAGGUCAAUGGACCACUGGAGUCUAAGAAAAAACAACUUUAAUUUUUCUUUUUGAUGUUUUAGCUUCAAGGGAAAGUGUGACUCACAUUAGACCAAUGAUGAAACAAGCAGACUUGUUAUUCUACUUAAUAGAUUCAAUUAAACUGAUUUGAUGGUGAG